AUGGCAUUACAGUCGAUUUCAUCCGUUCAAGAGAACAGAGCGCCCUCCGACACAGAGAAGAUCACACUUGAUGCAUGUCAACAUGGUGAGGCUCCAGUCAAGGAUGAAGAAACUGGAGAGUCGUUCGAGAUCUUCCAGCUGGGGGCAAACGGCGUUGAUUUCAGGACCGUGAGCUGGCAGCAAGCGACUAUCGUGUUCAGCAAAAUCAACUUUGCCAUGAGCAUUCUCGCCAUUCCGGGAGCAUUGGCGGAAUUAGGUUCAGUUGGGGGGUCCUUGUCAAUCAUUGGGUUCACUGCCUUGAACACAUAUACUGGCUGUAUCCUCGGCGAUUUUCGCAACAAGCAUCCUGAGUGCCACAUGCUGGCGGACAUGAUGGGUUCUCUCUGGGGACGCAUCGGCCGCGAACUCGUUGGCCUGCAGAUUGUCAUUGCUCAGAUCCUAGUUUCCGCGUCUGGAAUCGUCACCACAGCAAUAGCGUUCAAUGCUUUGUCGGAUCACGGAACAUGCACGGUGGUCUUUGCCCUUAUUUCAGCGAUACUGAUUACAAUCUGCUCGUCGAUCCGCACUUUCUCGCGCCUCGGCUGGCUGACCUGGUUCGGCUUCGUAACCUUCUUCAUUGCCGUCUUUGUCUUUACCGUCGCCGUAACGCAACAAGACCGACCCGCAGCUGCGCCUUCAACUGGUGAUUUCGAUCUUGGCUGGGCACCGAUUGCGUACCCAACCUUCGUCGUGGGCAUGGUCAACGCCGUAAACAUCUUCGUUAGCACGAGCGGCUCGUCAAUGUUCCUCCCGGUCAUAUCCGAGAUGCGCCGCCCACAAGACUAUCGCAAGGCCUGCAUCCUGUCUGGCUUUAUAAUCGGCGCCAUAUACCUCACAUUCAGUCUGGUCAUAUACCGCUGGUGCGGCGUCUGGCUGUCUGUGCCAGCCUUUGGGAGCGCCGGGCCGCUAAUCAAGAAGAUCUCGUACGGGAUCGCCAUGCCGGGCCUCAUCAUCGGCGUUGGGAUCUAUCAGCAUGUGGCCGCCAAGUAUGUCUUCGUUCGCUUCCUGCGUGGUUCGAAACAUCUGCAGGCAAAUACUUUCGUGCACUGGUCCACGUGGCUUGGGAUUAACUUUUGUCUCGGCUCAGCAGCAUUUAUCGUCGCGGAGGCGGUCCCAAUCCUGAACUAUUUGCUUGGCCUGGCUGGUGCCCUGUGCUUCGCGCCGUUUAGUUUGGUAUUCCCGGCGCUUCUCUGGAUGAAUGAUUAUAGAAGCUCUAGGUCUGGAACGUUGCCGCAGAGGCUACUCUACGGAUUACACGCGUUUAUUGUGGCGAUAGGGCUCUUUAUAAUUGUUGGUGGGACUUAUGCGGCUGCCAUAUCGAUACAAGAUGCGUUCGCUAGCGGAGAUAUCGCGCGAGUCUUCGACUGCGGCGACAACUCUGGCUCCGCUGCCUAA